AUGUCUACUCAAGACUACUCAGUUCCCGAAACCCACGUUCUCGCAAUUGCCAGUCAUGUUGUCUACGGAUAUGUGGGAAACACCAUGGCGACGUUUGCGAUGCAGUCUCUCGGAUGUGAAGUUGCAGCCCUGAAUACAGUACAGUUCAUCAAAGGUACACGAGCUACGGCGCAAGAGAUCAAAGACCUGUACCAGGGCCUCAAGGAUUCCUACCUCGACGAGUUUCAGAUGAUGCUGUCUGGCUACCUCCCCGGUGCAGCUUCCGUCGAAGCCGUCGGCUCUAUUGCAAGGGACCUGAAGUACAAAGCUACGAUGAAGCCGGGCAGUUUCUUUUGGGUCCUCGAUCCGGUUAUGGGUGACAAUGGGAAGCUGUAUGUGGCCGAGGAUGUCGUGCCUGCGUACAAGGAGCUAAUCAAGGACGCCGAUCUGAUAUUGCCGAACCAAUUUGAAGCAGAGACGCUGUCAGGAGUCAGGAUUGUGGACAUGGAUACCUUGAAGCAGGCCAUUGCAACACUCCACCAACAGUACAAGAUCCCACACAUUAUCAUCACGUCGAUAGCACUCCCGACGCCUGGCGCGACACCAUCUCUCUCGGUGGUCGGCUCAACCAUGACUUCAGACGCGUCUCCUCGCAUCUUCGGCAUCAAGAUCCCAGCCAUCGACUGCUUUUUUAGCGGCACGGGAGACCUGUUUGCUGCACUGAUGCUUGUGCGGUUACGGGAGGCGGUAAACACCAUCCCAGGCCUGAUGGAGACAGCAGCUUGGGUCAGUGGAGACGAAGUAGAGGCUACCGAGUUACCGCUCGCGAAAGCUACGGAAAAAGUGCUUGCCAGUAUGCAUGAGGUCCUCACAAAGACUAAGCUCGGCAGAGACCAGGAGCUUGACAAAUACAAUAGCCAAGUUGGGGCGAGGGACUCGGAGAAGGAUGCGAAGAAGCUGAAGCUGGCUACUUCGAAGGCGGCGGAGGUUAGACUUGUGCGGAACGUAGACUGCAUUAGAUUUCCAGAUGUCAAACUCACGGCGGAGAAGGUCUAG